AUGGGCAACCAAGCGUCGUCUGCCUGCCGCAAGGCCGUUCCUGAAAGCCCCGUCUCAGGGUCUGCAACAGAGUGCGUGCAGCAGCCUCAGCAAGCAGCAAGUGCUGCACAGGGUCUUAACCAUUCAGAGCCUUCAUCAGGGCCGCGCUUGUUCCUCGGAUGCAGUUUUCACAGCAGUGAGUCUCCCGUUUGGCAAGAAUUUCCUGACCCUUCAGGGGCUCGUUAUAACCCUCCUGCUGCAACACUUCCUCUUCCAUUCGAGCUGUAUGGCCAACCAUUUUAUAGAGGAUUCCAGUGGGAGAAGAAGGUUUAA